GUAUUUCUCGUUUGGUCCGGCGCGGUCACGCUGUCACGGUUACAUCAUGUGCAUUUUUUAAACAGAAAACUUUAAUAAUUUUAACUAAAUUUCGGUAAAUUGCCGCACUGUCGAGCGCCGGAAAUGUACGGUUAUUGGAGGACCCAGCCACGCUUUCCACGCAUUUCCAUUUCCAUUUGAAAACGCAGCAGCCGCGCGGCAGCAACAAAAGAAAACCAGAGAGCGGAGAAAAAGAAACAUAAAAAUAAAUACAAAUAUAAAACAAAUACAAAAAUAUGAGCGAUAGUGGCAACAAUCAGUUUUGUGACGUUGAUUUUUGAGCAAAGACCCCCACAAAAAAAAAUCCAAAAUAUAGUACACAAAAAAGUUUUUGAGUUUUUGGCGGAGGAAACCGAAUACCUAGGCUGCAUACCUUUUGUUUUGUAUCGAAAUUCUCUUCUUCCCCAAACAAAAACCAACAAAAAAAACUCUUAUAAAACCAUAAAACCAACCGAAUCUUGAACCGGAUCCCGAAAUGGCGGCCUACUUGAACCGCACCAUCUCGCUGGUGACCGGGCAAACGGGCCCCGCCGCCAACGACGACGAUCGCCACUCCUCGUCGACGGACACGGUGGACAAAUCGUCUUUGUCCCGGCUCAACUCAUCCCUACAACCCUCGGGCUCCACGACGGCCGCCAAUCUGCUACCCGAAUCGCGGCUCUACCAAUCCAACGACAAAUCGCCCCUCCAGAUCUUCGUGCGCGCCAAGAAGAAGAUCAACGACAUCUACGGGGAGAUCGAGGAGUACGUCCACGAGACGACCACCUUUAUCAAUGCCCUGCAUGCGGAGGCGGAGAUCGUGGACAAGGCGGAGCGGGAGCUGUUCGAGAGCUACGUGUACAAGGUGGCCGCCAUUCGCGAGGUCCUGCAGCGGGACCACAUGAAGGUGGCCUUCUUCGGACGCACCUCCAACGGCAAGAGCUCGGUGAUCAACGCCAUGCUGCGCGAGAAGAUCCUGCCCAGCGGCAUUGGCCACACGACGAACUGCUUCUGCCAAGUGGAGGGCAGCAACGGUGGCGAGGCGUAUUUGAUGAAAGAGGGAUCCGAUGAGAAGCUCAAUGUGGUGAACAUCAAGCAACUGGCCAAUGCUCUGUGCCAGGAGAAGCUCUGCGAGAGCAGUUUGGUGCGCAUCUUCUGGCCCCGCGAACGCUGCAGCCUGCUGCGCGAUGACGUCGUCUUUGUGGACUCACCGGGCGUCGAUGUUUCGGCCAAUCUGGACGACUGGAUCGACAACCAUUGCCUCAACGCCGAUGUCUUUGUCCUCGUCCUGAAUGCCGAGUCCACGAUGACGCGUGCCGAGAAGCAAUUCUUUCACACCGUCUCCCAGAAGCUGAGCAAGCCGAACAUCUUCAUCCUGAACAAUCGCUGGGACGCCUCGGCCAAUGAGCCCGAGUGCCAGGAGUCGGAACUGGCCAAGGUGAAAUCCCAGCACACGGAGCGCUGCAUCGAUUUCCUCACCAAGGAGCUGAAGGUGAGCAACGAAAAGGAGGCCGCCGAGCGGGUUUUCUUCGUUUCGGCGAGGGAAACGCUGCAGGCGCGGAUCGAGGAGGCCAAGGGCAAUCCACCGCAUAUGGGCGCCAUUGCCGAGGGCUUCCAGAUGCGCUACUUUGAGUUCCAGGACUUUGAGCGCAAGUUCGAGGAGUGCAUCUCGCAGAGUGCCGUCAAAACAAAGUUCCAGCAGCACAGUUCGCGGGGCAAGAGUGUCUCAGGGGAUAUGAAAUCGAUGCUGGAUAAUAUUUACGAGCGGAUUACCAUCUUCCGCAAUCUGAAGCAGGACCAAAAGAACAUGCUAACCGAACGCAUUCAGGGCACCGAGACGCAGAUGAUGCAGGUUACGCGCGAGAUGAAGAUGAAGAUCCACAACAUGGUCGAGGAGGUGGAGGAGAAGGUGUCGAAGGCGCUGAACGAGGAGAUCUGGCGAUUGGGCGUGCUGAUCGAUGAGUUCAACAUGCCCUUCCAUCCGGAGCGACUCGUGCUGAAUAUCUACAAGAAGGAGUUGAACGCGCAUGUGGAGAGCGGGCUGGGCAGCAAUCUGAGGGCCCGGCUCUCCAUGGCUCUGGCCAUGAAUGUGGAGUCCGCCCAGACGGAGAUGACCGAUCGCAUGCACGCCUUGGUGCCCAACGAACAGCUGCUGGCGACGAGCACCAAAAUGGUGGUGCGCACGCAGCCCUUCGAGAUGCUCUACUCGCUGAACUGCCAGAACCUCUGCGCCGACUUCCAGGAGGAUCUGGAGUUCAAGUUCAGCUGGGGCAUAGCGGCAAUGAUCCAGCGAUUCACUGGGAAGGUGCGCGAGCGCAGCAAGAAGGGCCAGCCGGCGCUGGUCAACCGGCAGAGCAGUAUUGGACACAGCGUAUCCACGCCCGCCACGACGCCCGUGGAGGCCACGCCCGUCUGUUUGCUCCCGGCUCCUGGGGUGGCCGGCAUUACGCCCGAGCAGCUGUCGUUGAUCUCCCGCUUUGCGGUCUCCUCCAUUGGAUCCCAGGGCACCGUGGGCGGCUUGGUUGUCGCCGGCAUCAUGCUGAAAACCAUCGGCUGGCGGGUUUUGGUCGGCGUGGGCGCCCUCUAUGGCUGCAUCUACCUGUACGAGCGGCUCUCGUGGACCAACUCGGCCAAGGAGCGCACCUUCAAGGGGCAGUAUGUGCGGCAUGCCACCAAGAAGCUCAAGAUGAUAGUGGACCUUACCUCGGCCAAUUGCAGCCACCAGGUGCAGCAGGAACUAUCGAGCACCUUUGCCCGCCUGUGCCGCACCGUCGACACCGCCACCACGGACAUGAACGAUGAGCUCAAGACCCUCGACUCGCAGCUGAACAUCCUGGAGGCCAACCAGAAGCAGCUGAAGCUGCUGCGCAACAAGGCCAACUACAUACAGAACGAGCUGGACAUCUUCGAGCAUAACUAUAUAUCGCCGCAGUAGAGGAGAACCAAGGAAAACCAAACACCCAAACAAACGACUACAGCAUCAAUCAAUUGACCACGUUUUUCGUUGCUCAACUCAGUUUAUUUUCUUUUUUUUUUCUCUUUUUUUCGAUGUAAAUGCAUGAUUGAGCCCCUCUUUAUUCUAUUUUGUUUAAACAAAUUGCUGUUGUUGUUGCAAACUAUUUUAGUUUCUUUGUAAUUGUUGACCCCGUAACCCGAGAACAUAUUUAGAAAUAUCCAAAACACACUGUGAGCAUGGCCGGGUGCCAUGGAAAACCAAGUUAAGAUGAAUUAUAUAAAGC